GUCCAUCAGUUGGCGCCUUUUGCCACGCUUUUUCCCCCACAGCUGGCUUUGGGGGCUGCGAACGCUCCACAGCUCGCGGGUCACAUGGCCUGCCAGAGCCUGGGUACUCCGUGAGCGAGCCGCGCCUCGGGAAGAGGUGAGGCUUCGGCAUGCACCCAAACCAGUGCUUGCACCCAAACCCCUCUUCCGAGGCUUCAGGGUCGGGAGAUGGCUCCUCCGUGGGGAUGAGCUAGACAAGCCUAGGAGAUACCAGCAGCCGCUUUCCGCUUGCGCAGGGGACGGUGCUAAUCGCUCCCACCGGGUAGGUUUCCGCUGCGCAAGAUCUGCCCAGCCCCAUUGGUAUCACGACCCGAGCGCCCACCUCGGAGAUGACUCCUUCAGAGCAAGGGUAAAAAGAUUAGGGUUCCCGCGGCGGGCACGCAGAGAGCAGCCGCAGAAGCUGGCGCCGCCAGGGAAGGCCUGCUCCCACCGCGGUGCCCUCUGGGCAGGCAGGCUCCCGCGCGGCCCCGCUUGUGGCGCUGGCUGCGGUUCGCCUGAAAACUGCGGGGACCCCAAAAGGGCGCCUCUCGAGGGGCUGGGCCGGCAUCCGCACAGGGAUGACUGAGUGUCGCAGCGGGGGAGCCUCCCUACCCCUCGCCCUAUUCUGUGGCUUCGCGAGGCCGACGGAAAGUCGCGAGCCAGGCGUAUCCGAGUCCAGGUUUGAUUUGCACUGACUUUGGCCUGCGGUCCAGGAUGCUUUGUUCUUGGGACCAGACCUGACCAGAAGUUGACCUCAUGAGCACCUCAACCUCUCCAGCUGCCAUGCUCCUCCGGAGGCUGAGGCGGCUCUCCUGGGGCAGCACUGCUGUUCAGCUCUUCAUCUUAACAGUGGUGACAUUUGGCCUGCUGGCUCCUCUGGCCUGUCACCGGCUUCUGCACUCUUACUUCUACCUGCGCCACUGGCAUCUGAACCAAAUGAGCCAAGAGUUUCUGCAGCAAAGCUUGAAAGAGGGUGAAGCUGCCCUCCACUACUUUGAGGAGCUGCCCUCUGCCAACGGCUCAGUGCCCAUUGUCUGGCAGGCCACACCCCGCCCCUGGCUGGUCAUCACCAUCAUAACUGUGGACAGGCAACCUGGCUUCCACUACGUCUUGCAGGUGGUGUCCCAGUUCCACCGGCUACUUCAACAGUGCGGCCCCCAGUGCGAGGGCCACCAACUCUUCCUGUGCAAUGUGGAGCGGAGUGUGAGCCAUUUUGAUGCUAAGCUGCUGUCCAAGUAUGUUCCUGUGGCCAACCGCUAUGAGGGCACUGAGGAUGACUAUGGCGAUGACCCUUCGACCAACUCGUUUGAGAAAGAGAAGCAGGACUAUGUCUAUUGCCUGGAAUCCUCCCUGCAGACCUACAACCCAGACUAUGUCCUGAUGGUGGAAGAUGAUGCCAUUCCAGAAGAACAGAUCUUCCCAGUCUUGGAGCACCUUCUGCGGGCUCGCUUCUCUGAGCCACAUCUCAGAGAUGCCCUUUAUCUAAAGCUCUAUCACCCCGAGAGGCUCCAGCACUACAUCAACCCAGAGCCCAUGCGGAUCCUGGAGUGGGUUGGUGUCGGCAUGUUGUUGGGGCCCUUACUAACCUGGAUAUACAUGCGAUUUGCCAGCCGGCCAGGGUUUAGCUGGCCUGUCAUGCUCUUCUUCUCCCUGUAUAGCAUGGGUCUGGUUGAGCUGGUGGGCCGGCACUAUUUCCUAGAGCUGAGGCGGCUGAGCCCUUCCCUGUACAGCGUGGUCCCUGCUUCGCAGUGUUGCACCCCUGCCAUGCUCUUCCCUGCCCCUGCAGCCCGCCGGACCCUCACCUACCUGUCCCAGGUGUAUUGCCACAAGGGCUUCGGCAAGGACAUGGCACUGUACUCACUGUUGAGGGCCAAGGGGGAGCGGGCCUAUGUGGUGGAGCCCAAUCUCGUGAAACACAUUGGGCUCUUCUCCAGCCUUCGGUAUAACUUUCACCCCAGCCUGCUCUAGCCUGCCAAGAGAUGCCUUUCUGAAAUUGGCCACUUCUUGGAGAUUCAACUCUUGAGCUCCUUGUUUGGACAUAGUUGCUUGCAGAUAUUUCAUUGUUUAAGGUUGCUAGGGAUAUAGGCAGUGGGAUGGCUGAGGAAGACACACAUCAAGAGCCUUGGCUUUGGUAACUCUGGCAGGAACAAACUGUUCACUGUGGGUCCAGAUGUCUUGCCCUGCACACAGCCACACUGCCUCAUGCAGUCUGACCUACCCGCCGAAGAGCAUUUAAAUACCAGUUAUAUUCUCCAAUUGUCUUUCGCUCUGCUUUUUGAUAGAGUUUGUGACUGGCAAAAAUAUUGUGCACAGUGAUAUGACCAAUUUAGGAUUUUAAGGGUAGAGUUUGGUGAAAGGUGAGAUUCUUUUGCAGUGAUCUCUUUCUCAUUGGGAAUAAGAAUAGGUAUAUGUUUAGAAUACAUGUCCCGAGAAGCAGGACCAUGUUGAUAGAUUCUAUUAGUUUCCUUGACCUGGUGUAAUAAAAGCCACACAGUGCCCAACAUUUUGGAGGCUGGUGACCUGGCUUCUGUUACCUGGUGUUUUCUUUUCCACACAUCUGUAAUGCACUGAUAAUCAGUUUUGUUUGUGAGAACUUUAAAGCACAGCAAGAUCUGGAAGUACCUUCUGGAUCAUCAAAGUUAUAUUGUUUAUGUUUAGUAGUGAUUUAAUAUUGAAGAUUUCUAUUCUGUUCUGAUUCUUUGAAAGUUGGACAUUGCAGGAUAAUAUAGAAUGGGUGAGCACUUUGCUAAUAGCAUAUCCUUUACUCUGUCUUUGCUGACUAAUCAUUCACCCUCAUUUCUGUUUCUUCUAUUGUAGCAUGAUGUUAUAGAAGAAAAAGUAUGGACUGUGAAGUCAGAAGAGUUGAAUUUCAGCUCUCUGUCAUGUCCUAGUAGUGUGAACUUGGGCAAGUCAUAAGCCCUCUGAGUCUCAAGUUUUUCACCUGUAAAAUGGGGAUGGUGAUACCUAACAUUUAAAGUUGGCUUGAGGAUUAAAUGACAGAAUAUAUGUAAAACACCUAGCAAGUGCAUAGCUCAUAAAGGGUCCUUGGCAAAUAUUGGUUCUUUUCUCUCCUAUAAUAAGCAUAUGGAACUCAGAUGUAUUUUGGAUAAAGGUAUUAGUGAUGUUGUUUAAAUAUGAGAUGGAGCAUAGAGCUGAUACCUAUGGAGCAGCUGUUCCAGACCACACACUGCUAGAAUAACUUUUCUAGCUGACUUUUCAUUGUGACUUAAGAAGGAUGUGCAGCUCAGUUUCAUCUAGCCCCACCUGCAACCAAGCCCAAAAUAAGAUGUGUUCACUCAAACUGGAAAUGAUGAGACUCCUCUUGAGCUUUUUCCAAAACUAAUGUUAGAAAAUAACUCUUCUCAAAAGUUACAAAUAAACAUCAUUUGAUAAUACUUACCAAACGGGUGACAAGCAGGUCCCUCUAUGAAGAUGGGUGAUUAUAUUAGAAUUCAAGCAGCUGUCCACUUUGUUUCAGUGCCAACAUUUUCCAUUUGCUUUUAAGUUUCCACAGUGAACUACUAUCUUGGGAUCUGCUCAAGAACACUGAGGGAGCAUACAGGAGCUCAUGCCCACACUUUAUAGAUGAACAAACUGAGGCCCAGAGAUGUUAAAGGACUUCUCCAGGAUCACACAGCUGAACAGCAGCAGAGAGGACUGGAAUGUAGUAGGUUUUCUGACUUGCAGCCCCUGCAUUUUUUUCUUAACCACAUUCAUUUUAUAAAUAUCUGUGUUGUCAAAUUCUCCUUUGUGAAAUCUGAUUGUAACCUGGACUAAAUAAUGUCUCUGUAAGCUAAAAUGGUAAAACUCCCUGUGGUGUUAGUCUUGGGGCGCAAACAGGUAUCAGUAUGUGUUGUGUUGUUACGGUGAGCUCUUACUUAUCCCCCAGGAAUGUCCAACGUGAUCAGAGCUACUAGAUGACUUAUUGAGAUGUUCAGAUUCCACCCCUUCAUCCCUCUUUCCCAGUAACUAGUCCAGCCCCAUGUUUGAGAAUAGAAUCACCUCCAACCUACAACUCAUUAGAGUUUGUUGCAUUAACAGUUGAAUCUCCUCGUGAAAAUUUUAUGUGCAAUGUCAGGACAUCUAAGCUAGCCAAGUUCCAGAUUGGAAUCAUUGCUGGUUUCCAUUUCUGCUCUCUGCAAUUCAGUCGCUUACCUGCAAGCAGAAAUCCUUUCCCCUUAUUCCCUCAUUCUGGGUGGCUAAGAUCAUCUUUGCCUUGUCUACUUUCCCUACCUACACACUAAGACAUCUUAGCCCACUGAUCUUAACUAGGGUCUGCCAUCCUUGGACAUUUUCUGCAAAAGCAGAAAUCCUACCCACUUAUAUCCCUACCCAUUUCUAGAUCUCCUUCCCUUUUGUCCUUUAUUCCUAGAGUCCAAAUUGUGUAUGUUGUCCUGGUUUAGGACAGCUGACAGCUUUACACCAAAGCUGAAGCAUCUUGUUUAAUCCUAUGCAAGGGGGCUAGAAGGGCACUAAAAUCCCCUUCUGAUAUUGAGCGAUAGAGGUUACCAGGAGGGCGAAGGUCUCUAACAGUCCUGCUUACCUUUCAGAAUAUAAAUUAUUGUGAGGCCUAAGAAGCUCCCUUUUGUGACUUAGUGUAUGUGCGUAGACAUAUCAGUUCAAAUAAAUGUACCCCUUCCACUGAGGCA